AUGAGUUUUAGCGUUGAUGUUUCUGAAGGUCUUAUUUCGAAUAAAGAUGAAGAAAUGAAGUUUCAAGAUCCAGUUGAUCGAGCACAAAAGACUCCAUCACCUGUUAGAGCUGGUUUUCUAAGUGAUAUGAACUCAGAGAAUAUUAUUGAUGAGAUGGCCAAGUUUUAUGGGUUGGAUUAUAAUCCUGAUGCUGAGGUUCAUAUGAAAGAGAUAUACGAUCCGAAUUCAAAAUGGUUCUGUAGACCUAAUAAACCAUUAUUCCCAAUUGAAGAAUGUCUGCCGUAUAAGACUGAGACACAUUUAGAGCAGGCAAAAUAUUUAUGCCAUGUCUUGACUAAUCUUUAUGUUGCUAUUGGGUCAAGAGAUAUCCAAGGUUUGAUUCCAAUAUCUGAGAAGGAUCUGAUGGAUUUUAAAAAGGAAGUCGUUGAUUUUUCACAAGAUUUAGACUUGACUAAAAUUACUAGUGAAAUAAAUGAAGCAGAAGUUUUAAAUAGUGAUAUUGCUAAUUUUGAUGAAGGUGAAGGUGAAGAUGAAGAAUUAUUUGAAGAAAAUGAAUAUGUAGACUUUUCUGGUCCUGAUUUUAAUGCAACUGGUAAAAUUACAUCAAAAUCUGCUGCAACGGUUAACGUUAAUUAUUGGACCAAUGAAUUAAAAAAUUUUAUGCAUUUAGAGUUACCUCUAUCAUUAAGAAAAUCACUAGCAUCUGUUUAUUAUUAUCUUUCUUUAGUUCAAGGACAAAAAAUUUAUAGACAAAUGCAUGUAGAGAUGUUCGAAUUGUUAGUAACUAAAGAUGAUGAUGAUACAAAUUUUACCAAUUUAUUAUUAUCCAUAGGAUUGGAGCUUGAUCAUAAAAUAUUAUUGGACUUUUUAUUCGAGUUUCUGCCUUAUCCUGAUUCAGAUUUUGUUCGUCAUGAUAUCCUUGCAAAGGAAGAUCUUCAAUUGUUCCGUUUAUUAUUAAAAUUAGCACAUCAAGCAAAGCCAUUUUUUGCCGAGCAUGAUGAAGAAUUAUUAAAAAAUUUAAUGGAUAGAUUCUUAUCUUAUAUCGCUCCUUCAACAAUGGUUACAAUCAUGCCAAUGAUUACAUCUUUUGUUCCUUAUCAUUAUCAUGAUAAUUCAAAAAUUACAGACUAUUUUCCGUUUUUUUAUAGUUUGUGGAGUUCAGUAAGUGCAAAUGUUGCCAUUGACACUCAUAUGUACGAUUUUGUCGGUAACGUUUCAGAAGAUGCCCAUUCAAAAAUUUUAUCAAAAAAUUACCCAUUCAUAAAGCUUAUAAAUUUCGGAGAUUAUGGUCUAUUUACAGAUGAUCAAUUAACAUUUAUGUUUAACAGACUUCAAGGGCAUUUAAGAUCAGAUGGCCAAAUCCAUUCAUACUCCAGAACUGUAAGACCAUUUGUCUUUGCCAUAAAUGGCUCGACACAUGAGAUGUUUUUCAAGAAGUUAGUAUCCUUGAUAAAAUCCAUUGAAACAUUUGUUCAUCCAUCAAAUAGUGGUUUUUGGACUAAACCUAUUUCAAAAUUUAUCCACGGAUUUAUUAAAAUGUAUCAUGGAAGAGCAAAAGAUGAACAGGCAGCAACAAGGGAAGGGAAAUCUGAUCCUAUGUUUUUAAAUGAAAAGUGUCAUUCCAGAAUGGUAGAAAUAUUUUUAGAUCUAUUAAUUACUGGUUCUCAGAAUAAAAGCAGUGAUGUAGCAAAUUACUAUAUUUCAUCUUUUGCUUAUUUACUAGAAUUAAGUCCAUUAAAUUCUAAUCUUGUAUUCGACAAAAUUCUGGGUGAUCUGUAUGAAGCUCUAUCAGGAGAAUACAUAAAUUCAAGACAUAGAAUUAUUUCAUCCCUUAAACAGUUUACGAGAGUUGUAAGGUUUAUUGUCAUGGAUAAGCUUUACAGAGUUCACGUGACAAAUAUUCUCUCAAUUUUAGUAUCAAAAAUUGACAUGAACGACAUAAAUUUAUCAAGUAAUAUCAUAAAUGGUAUUGUUUCUGUUGCAACAUUUGUACCAUUUACAAAACUUGUAUCAGAUGAUGAAUAUUUAACUUUUGAAUCGUACACCUUACCUUUUAUUGAACAACAUUACUACCACAUGAAAUCCAAUGUUCCAAAUACUACAUUUGAAUAUGAUGAACAAACUUUGGAUAAUGCAUUUAGGGCAUCGACUACCAUUUUCAAAAAUAUUUUAAGAGAAUAUAUUGAUAAGAUCUUUCAAUUGAUUAGUGUAGAUCUGGAGGAAGGUUUUGUUUCAAAAUUAAACAACACUUCGAUGAUAAUGCAAGAGUCAAUGGACAAUGAAAUUUUUACAUUUUAUGCAAAAAGAUUACAAGAAUGUUUUUGGAAUAAUGAUUCUUUUGGGGAUAGUAAUCCAAAUUUUGAACUAGUGACAAUUCCUCUUGCUGCAACUGUCAGAAGAAAUUCAUCUUGCAGCAAAAAAUUAUUUUCAGAAUUAAAAUAUAACAUUAAUAUUCAAAUUGAAAGAGGUGCUGGUUCAAUAAGAAGUACAUCUGAGAUUCAUCCUAGAGAUUUCAAAUUGGUUUUUUAUUUGACUGCUUUAAAUGAUAUGUUGAGACAAUCACAUUCUGCUAUAUUAGAAUAUAAGGACGAUUUAUUAGAAUUUAUGAAGUUCAUAUAUGAGAAUAUCACUAACCCACCAUUAGAUGUUAUUACUUCAAUAAUAUGUCACAGUGCAAUUGCAAGUUUAACAAAUACAGAAAUUAUUAAUUGCAGCAUGUAUUCCGAUUCUUGUCCAUUGGAUCCAAAAGAUCGUUGGGGUGGUUUACAGUUCGACAAUAAUAAGUUCAAAAAGGAAAAUUUAGAUUUUAAGUGGUAUGAACCAACUAAUGCAGAGGUUACCACGGCUAUCUAUUUUCUUGAGGAUAUUUCAAAACAUUGUCAAAAAAGAAUUAACGAAUUAGUUGAUUCUAACAAUACUGGGAAUCAUUUUGUUGAUAAAAUUCAGAAGUAUGUUCUUAUUAUGACUCACGCAUUGUCAGGAACAAGUUUAUUAUUUGAUCCAGAUUUUCAUAGAAAUGAAAGCUUUUCUCCUAAUGAACUAACAGAGAAAGAGAUGUCACUUUUAAUGAAAAACUCGAAUUUUGACGAGAUAGAUCCAAAUAAACUGACUUUAGGAAAUGGUCUAUUGGUUGAUGAGGUCCUUGAUGUAAAUUGUAAGGGAAAUCAACCAUCCAAUGGCAAGAUUAAAGGAAGAAAAAGGAAGAACAGCCUACAUGAUGAGAUGUUAAUAGAUAAUAUUAAAUCAUUUAAGAAACAGAUUAUAACAAAUGGAAAACCAGAGAUAACUUCUAAUACCAAUAACGGUCAUUUUUGGGAGCUAGAUAUUUAUUGUUCUAAUUACUUCUUCGGUAAUACUUUAGAAGAGAAAUUUAGCAGUCCAAAUUAUUUCAAAGUUCAUAAGAUUAGAAAUGAUAUUGGUCUAUAUUUUCAUAAGUUAUUUUCAAUUUUGUCAUCUAAUUUUGAAAAUUACACAAUGGUUUUCCAAAUUCUUUUGCAUGGUUUAAAGGUCUGGUUCUCCGAUAUUGGGAAAGAAAUCAUAUUUGGUGAUGAUCCAACAGCAAAACUUGACUUAGAAUUCUUAGAAAAUAUACAGAGUUUAUCGAAUUUAAGUGAACCAUAUACAAGAACUUGUCUAGCAAUGAAAGCUGAUAGUUUCCACCAGGGUAGGGUUCUUCUUCAUUCAGUGAAUAGGAAACCAUCAAAGUUAGAAAUUUCAUUAUUAAAGGAUAUCAUUUUAUUAGCUACUUCCGUUUAUCCUGACAUCCAUAAACCAGCUCAAGGUACAUUAGUUCAUUGUAUGAAAUCAAUUGUCGGGUCUUAUUCGAUUAUAAUAAAUGAAGUGAUCGAAUUACUGACUGAAGCGUUAAAGGCUCAUGAUCAUAUGAGGCUGGAGGCAAUUUUAAAGGUGACAAUGAUUAAAAAGGUCCACCGUAGAAUAAUGACAGAUUAUAGAAACUUGGAAAGACUAACCAUGUUAUUGAUUGAGUGUUGUAGAAUAAAUGAGUUAGAUAUUGCUAUUUAUGGUGAUAGAAUUUUAGGUGAUAUUGCCGAUAGCCUAAAAAUCCCUUCGAACAUCUGUUUAAUGGAAGAUAAAAUUAUUUCAACAUUAGCUCCUGUAGAUGCAGAAAUCAACAAACAGGUAUCUAUUGUGAAACAAACGAAGAACAAGAAACGUGAAUUGUUUAUUUCAUUACUGUAUCAAUUAAGUAAUAACUUGAUAUCAAUGCUGGAAAAUGAAAAGCAAGUCAAUUGGAAGAUAUCAAUUUUUAUGAUAAGAUUUAUAACUAGAAUUCAAUCUAAUUUUGAAACUUCUUCGAACAAAGAAUCAGUGAAAGCUAUUUUUGAACAAACAAAGUCUAAGCAUCCUCAAAUUAUUCAAUUAAGUGUUAAAUCACUAUUAGGCAUUUUUAACAAAUUAUUCUCUUUGUCUGAUUAUGGGUACAAUCUUGAGAAGGCAUAUGAAAGAAAUUUUGAUCCAGUUUAUAUUGAAAAUCUAGAAACUUCUGACGACAAUUACAAGAGCCAAUUUGUUAAAGAAAUGAAUAAUUUUACCUCUCCAUCGUAUUUCAUUGAUUCAAGAGUAUUUAUAGGUUGGUUAUGUUGGGGAACUAAAAUGAAAGUUGUAAAACCAGUACCAAUCGAAAUUAAUUUGGAGAAGAACGAGUUAGAAAUCCUUGCAUGUUUUGGCCAACUUGUGAAAAAAGAAUGGUUAAAAGAACUUACUUCAAACUUUAUCCAGGAUAAUGAAACCAGGAGUGUUUUUAGUAGUAGCAACGUUUCGUUUGUUAUUCUAUUAGUUUACUUGUGUUCGAAGCAACUAAGCGAUUUUAAAUUAGAAGAUAUAUUCGAACUUUGUGAAAAGACGUACGACAGAUACGACAAGGCGUCUAUGAUCUUGUCCAUGGAAAUAUUCUCUGCCUUGAUAUGUUCAAGUAAAUAUAUGUCCAAAGAGAUGUUAGAUAAACGCAAUGCAUUUGUCAAAAGAUUUAUGUAUGAUUGUUUGAAUAACGAACUAAAUCAUGAUGCGAUAGAGAUAUGGGUGACAAUUUGUUGGUGGUUGCCUACAGUUGUUGAUUUAAGAAGAUGCCCUGAAUUUUUUGAAGUCUUUUACAAUAUCGAAAAUAUAUUGAAUACCAAUACAGAUUCAAUCUCUAACAAAGUUUCAAAACUUUCUAUGUUAAGGAAUGUUUUAGUUGGUAUGGAAUUUAAAUCUCCAGAUUUCAUUAAGAAUUUGGACUCCUUUAUUUUUGAUCACCCAUCUGAACAGAUACGUGAAAUUAUUGCUAAAGUAUUUACCACUGUCAUUCAAAACUGUAGUUAUCCAUCGUUGCCUAAUUCGAAGACAGUAAUGGAUAUACAACAGAAGAACCCAGACGGCAUGGGUGUUCCGAUCAAAAUAAUGCCAAAGGAAAUUGAAUCUUAUUUGAAGGAACAGUUUUCAAGGGUCACUGAAGAGGCUAAAAACAUAAUAGAUUUGUCAGCACAGGAAAUAUUGAAGUCCAAAUAUUACUACAUAUCCUCAACCAUGUAUUGUUGGGUUAGAGAGAUGUUAAAGGGACCUAAUAAAAUGCUUUUAAUACCAUUUUUGGCCAGAUAUGUUGUACCAUUUUUAGUUGGCUUGAUUAAACAGAAAGAUGUCUGUAAAAUUAGUGGAUUAAUGCCAUCUAAAUUGUAUGUUGAAUUGGCAUAUCUUCCAAUUCCUAAGAAAUACAUACAGGAGGUUGUAGAUAUGAUCUGUGAUGAGACUAUGAUGACCUCGUCUAAUCAAAUCCAAUUGCAAUUGAGUUUAUUGCAACAUUUCCUAUCUAGUCAAUUACUCCAAUUGACAGAAUCACAAAAGGAUAAAAUAUUACAAUUUGUUGUAAAUAAUUUGUAUCAUACACAGUUUAUUGAAGUUAGGGUACGUUCUUCGGAGGUAUUAUCUGAUAUAGUGCACAACUUAGGAACCACAGGGAAGAUGAUAGAAUUAAUAGAAAAAUUUGAUGACAAUUUAGGUAAAUUUAGUUGGGAAGAAAGAAAAGCGUUAUCUAAGAUAGAUACAAAAGUUCAUGGUAGUGUUGUUGGUCUAGGUGCAAUCAUAUCUGCGUUCCCAUAUGUUUUCCCAUUGCCUUCAUGGAUACCAAAACAAUUAUGCCAUUUAGCGUCAUGGGCUAGAACUGGUGGUAUGGCGGGAACAGCAGCUAAGAACACUAUCAGCGAAUUCAAAAAAGUAAGAACAGAUACUUGGCAAUUUGAUAGACAAUCGUUUACAUCGGAAGAAUUAGAAGAUUUGGAAGGUGUCCUAUGGAGAAGUUAUUACGUUUGA